CGCAGUUUAGCAAAAGAGAGAACAUAAGGGCGCAGAUUUGGUAGUGUAGUGGUGUGGUGACUGGUGAACGGUUCUCGAAGUAUCGACGGCGAGGAAUCUUCUGGAAACUCCGUCGUCGCGAUAUAAAAGCCCUAAUACGAAAGCCUGCAUUUCUUAUCCACACUCCUAUCAAGCAUACACAACUCACCAGCUCCUGAGCUGAAGAAACCUUCAUAAGCCUUCUCCUUCCUAAUUUCCUCCCGUUUCUGAGAUAUUGAUUCAGUGAUAAUGGCGUCAGCAAAUGCCAUCUCGACUGCAUCAGUUCUUGGUUCUCCUAAACAGUUGAUGCAGGAGAGCUUGAGGAGGAGGGUGAAUCAGGGGCUAAAGUCGAACUACAAGCCGGGUAACCGUAGAUUUGUUGUGCGUGCUGCAAAGGAAGUUGCUUAUGAUCAAAGUUCAAGGACAGCACUUCAAGCCGGUAUUGAUAAGCUUGCUGAUGCUGUGGGAGUUACUCUUGGUCCUAGAGGAAGGAAUGUGGUCUUGGAUGAGUUUGGGAGCCCUAAAGUAGUGAAUGAUGGGGUAACAAUUGCUCGGGCUAUUGAGCUUGCGGAUGCCAUGGAAAAUGCUGGUGCCGCUCUCAUAAGGGAGGUUGCAAGUAAAACUAAUGACUCUGCUGGUGAUGGGACAACAACAGCAUCAGUUCUUGCACGUGAAAUUAUCAAACUAGGCUUAUUGAGUGUUACUUCUGGUGCAAACCCUGUCUCAAUCAAGAGAGGGAUUGACAAGACAGUACAAGGCCUGGUGGAUGAGUUGGAGAAGAAAGCUAGGCCUGUUAAGGGGCGUGAUGAUAUUAAAGCUGUUGCUUCCAUCUCUGCUGGCAAUGAUGAUACCAUUGGGACUAUGGUUGCUGAUGCAAUUGAUAAGGUUGGACCUGAUGGUGUUUUAUCCAUUGAAUCUUCAUCAUCCUUUGAGACAACUAUAGAGGUGGAAGAAGGAAUGGGGAUUGACCGUGGUUACAUUUCACCACAGUUUGUCACAAACCCUGAGAAAAUGAUUGUUGAAUUUGAGAAUGCAAAGGUCUUGGUGACUGAUCAGAAGAUUUCAACAAUAAAGGACAUAAUUCCUCUGUUGGAGAAGACUACACAGCUAAGAGCUCCUCUACUCGUUAUAGCUGAAGAUGUCACUGGGGAAGCCUUGGCUACUCUUGUUGUAAAUAAGCUACGUGGUAUUCUUAAUGUAGCUGCUAUUAAAGCACCUGGUUUUGGUGAGAGGCGUAAGGCUCUCCUUCAAGAUAUUGCAAUUGUAACAGGAGGUGAGUACCAAGCUAGUGAUCUGGGGUUACUUGUUGAGAAUACCUCUGUUGAGCAACUUGGUGUGGCAAGAAAGGUGACCAUCACCAAGGACUCAACCACCAUUAUUGCUGAUGCUGCAUCCAAGGAUGAGAUUCAAGCUAGAGUUGCACAAUUAAAAAAGGAAUUGGCCGAGACAGACUCUGUUUAUGACUCUGAGAAAUUGGCUGAGAGAAUUGCCAAGCUGUCUGGUGGAGUUGCUGUUAUAAAGGUUGGAGCUGCAACUGAGACCGAGCUUGAAGAUCGCAAGCUUCGAAUUGAGGAUGCCAAGAAUGCCACUUUUGCAGCCAUAGAGGAAGGGAUUGUACCAGGAGGAGGCGCAGCAUUGGUUCACCUCUCAACACAUGUCCCUGCAAUUAAGGGCAAAAUUGAAGACGCUGAUGAACGGCUAGGUGCAGACAUUGUCCAGAAGGCUUUGGUAGCACCUGCUUCCUUGAUAGCCCACAAUGCAGGGGUGGAGGGUGAAGUAGUUGUAGAGAAGAUCAAGGAAGCGGAGUGGGAGGUGGGAUACAAUGCCAUGACAGAUAAAUACGACAACUUGAUGGAGGCAGGGGUUAUUGACCCGGCUAAGGUUACGAGGUGUGCACUUCAGAAUUCUGCGUCCGUGGCAGGAAUGGUACUUACCACUCAGGCCAUCGUGGUGGAGAAGCCCAAGCCCAAGGCUCCCGUCGCUGCACCUCCUCAAGGUCUCACUGUAUAAUUCCACUCUUUUUUUUGGUUAAACGUCAGAGCCAGAGGCAGCAUGCAUUAUUAGGCUGAGGGUUAUUGAGGGCAGCCACUUCUGGUUGAAUGUGGCAUGGAAUUUCAUAUUCGUGCGGGAAUUUUUGUAUGAAAACCAGGUUGCCAAAGAUAAAAUAACUGGAUAAAAAUCAACCUUCUAGAGCUUCUUCUCUCCAAUUGCCAUCGAUUUGAAGCCUGUAACUUUUUUUCUUUUUCCAAAUGAUAUAUGGUUUUGGAUACGGAUAUGAUGCAUCAUCGAUCAUGUCGAUAUCUUGAACCAAUUUAUGUGUUCUCCAAAUCUGAGUUAAAAGUAAACCAAAAUUUGCAUUCA